AUGCAAGGAAAGCAUAACUUUAUAUUUUCUUUGGAUGGAGAGCAAAAAUCAUUCUUUGUUUCAAAUUUAGAUGUUGCAUCCUUUUGUCGUUUGAUUCGAUCUGCCUUUUAGGUUGACAAGACCAUAACAGCAUUACAAGAUGCGUAAGGAAAUAUUUGUGAUUUGCAAUAUUUCUGCCACAAUCUGCAUGUUCAUAAGGAUAAAUUCUAUGUCAUACUGACAGAAUAAAGAAAAUCUGAAAGGAAUAGUAGGAAGUCGCAUAAAAGUAAAAAUUCGAGAGUGCAAACAACCGAAGAACCCUCUUAUUUAGUUGAUUUCGGAGAAUUCUUAUAAGAAAUCCAGCAAAUUAGAUUUAGUCCUCAACAUCCAGUUUUAACUAUUGUGUUGGUGUUUGACAAUGAAUAUUAGGCUGGAAUCUUUGGCCAACCCAUAGUAAUGAGAAUCUAUAAAACAUUUGCAUUUCUCUAAGCCUAUUACACGAUAAUACAGGAAGAUGAAUCAGACUCAUUGUUAUUAACGGUUUUUGAAAAUUAAAAUCUUAAACACGAAAUGGAAAUGAAAAUUAAUCAUUCAAUUGCUGAAGAUGUGUGUUAUUAGAUUGAACAAUUGUUAUGUGAAGAAGAAGAGCCAGAACCUAUAUUGUAGGGUAGUUUUGCUACUCCCAAUAGCAAUGCAAAUAAUAAUAUCCCCUUGAUUGUAACUAGGGGAAAUGAGAAAUAGAUUUUAUAGGUCGAGGCAAAUGACAACUUUCAUUCUAGUUAAGGCAAAAGAACUCAUGGUGUAAUGAGGGUCAAAAAGGCUGUUGAAAAAUUUAGAAAUCGAUUCGAAUCCAGAGAAUAUGAAUACCUCUUAGGAUUGAUUAUCGGUUAAGAUCAAUCCGUCUUUGCUGCGUAUCAACUGUAUUAAAAAUAGCAGGAUGAUGAAAACUUCAUUAAAAAUCUGAAAUUACUGUUGCCUCAAGAGGACAACAACAAUCUUUCAUUUUAAAACAACCUCAAAUUCAUAACCAGUCCCAGUAGGAGUGAUCUACAUUAAUCAGUAAAUUUUCCUUAUGAUUGUAAUCCAACUCCUGGUUUGAGAUCGUCUGUAACGAUAAUAGAUUAAUUACUUAAUUCAGGUGAUUUAGAUUCAAUUGAGACUGGAAUGUUGAGAGAAUUGAAAAUGGACAGUGAUUUAGAUGAUUUGGUCAAAAGUCUCAUGGAUUACCCUCAAGAUAUUCUACUCUAAAUAAUAAGACAGUAUUUGCAGAGUCAAUUUCAGUAAGAAAUUACUAAGAAUUUUAAUUCUCAUUAAGUAGAGUAUUUUCUUUAAGAAAAUGCCAAUAAAUAAACUCCUAUUUAUGAAGGAUUUCAAAGAUUUGGAUAAAAUGGUUAAUUAUAAGAUCUUUUUUCAUUACUCAAAGAGAAUGUAGGGCAAUUAGAAUAAUAAUUGAGGGAAGAAAAUAGUUAUUCCUAUUAUUUGAUGCAUAAACGGCGAAAGGAUAGUCAUGACGAACAUUUUCAUUUCCAUUUGAAUUUACCAUAAAUCAAUUAAUAGGAAGAACGGAAAUUGAGUGUCGAUUCGAUAUUAUUGGAGAGUAAGAAAGAAAUAAACUUUAUUGAUAAAUAUCAUGUUAAAGUAUUACAAAAAUACAGCAAUGAAGAUUACGAAAAACUUUUUAUGACUGUUUAUGAUCAAUGUAGCAAAUUCUGUGAUGAACAUGAAAAAGCUAAAUUACAUGGAUACUAUACAGCUUAAAACCAAAGGUUACUUGAAAUAUUAGAUAAAUAUGGAUAAAGAUAUGAUAUAGAUUGCAUUAAAUCAGAUAUCAAUGAUUUAUUGACUUUACAGAAUAAAAAAAUUGAUGAUAUUCCUUCCCCUACUCAUGGAGCUGUCAUCGAACCUAAAAUGCAUAAAUAUUAAAAUUUCAAAUUUAUAAUAAAUUUUUUAUACGAAAUUGAUAAAGUCAUCACUUUAAGGUAAGCAAAGGCAUUUUAUUAUUUAUAUUCAAUUGAAGAUAUGUCUGUUAUGGCUGCUUAUGAAGUAUAUUGUGAAACAAAAGAACAAGACGAGUUUUUAAAUACUCUAAAUCUCAUAUUUAAGGUUUAUUCAUCCUCUUCUAGAUUUGACUUUAAUGAAAUCGAGCAAUAUGAUAGUUUGAUUGAACAAUAAUUAAAUAUUCUGUUUGCUUACAGAAGAUGUUUGAAUUAGGAACAAAGAUUGGCAUUGGAAUAAAACAUGAUAUCAUGUGAUAAUACUCUAUUAAAACUCUUUAGGGAUUUCCUUAGAUAGAGAGAUUAGAGGAUAUUCAUUUAGAAGUUAUCAGAUUUUGCAAAUAGUCAAAUUGAAAAGCAAAAAGACAAUUAAUCAAUGGAUCCUUACAUGAAAAAGAUCGAUUAAAACAAUCAGCAUAAGGAUUUGAUAAAGGAUAUCUGCGCAAAAUUCUUAAAGACCAAAGUCAAACAAAUAGAUCUAUUGAUGGAUGCAAUUGACAAGGAUAACAUUAUGAUAAAGUCUUCAUUGGAAGUCUAUGAUUAUAAUUUAGAUAAGUAGGAUUUAGUAGAAAAUAUCUAGCUCAUAUAUAAUUAUAUUUUGAAAUCUAAUGUGAAAAGCAUUUUGAAAGCAAAUCUAAUUGAAUUGGGAAGAUCAAAAACUGAUUUGACCUACUUAUUAAGAAAUAUUAAUCAAGACGAACCCAUCCUUAAAGGGGCGUUUGAAUUGUAUUUUUAAACGAAGGAUGAAGCAGAACUAAAGGAUACUAUCAGUCGAAUACUCAAAUUUAGCAAUAUUUGA